CGAGUCUCUGGGCUCCGAGGAGUAGGCUACUGGCUCCAGCAUGAGCACGAGCUGAGCCCUGGGGUGUGAAGGAUCCCGUGUGCACGCGCCCGAGUGUACGAAUGCGUGUGAGGGUGUGGAGGAAAGUAAAGGGGGGAGGGAUGGCGGAUAAUUUAGCAAAACGAGCCGCACAGCACUUGCGCGGUUGUAAGCAUCAGGAGGAGCUGGCUGGUUGAUCUCCACUGGCUGGCCACCGCCUUCCAUCCCCUAUUCCCCCGCCCGCUGCCGCAAGACUCAUCUUUUUUAUCGCAGGAUACAUAAAGAAUUUGACAUCGACAGCUUCUCUGCCUUAGCAAUGCACCUUUCCACUGCGCUAACGUGUUAUUGUUAACCUUUAAAAAAAAUAACCUUCAAAUAUGAAUCAUGCAUCUGAUAUCUUUUCCAAAUCUACUCGCGAGCAUCCUUGUGUCCUGGCUCCAUCCACUCAGCUUAGCGUCAACGGUAGAGAAUGUCGCUGUGCGGGACGCAGUGUCGCCGGAGGUGGGGCAGGACGCGGCCGGGGCACGAGGCGGCGAUAACCAAACCGACCGCGGCAGCGCCGGGCAGCGCCAGAUCACCUACCCGUCCCGCCUCAUCUACUACCUGAACGAGGACUCGGAGAGCACCUACCACGACCUGGACACACGCACGCGGAACCAGGCCGACGACAAGCAGGUGAUCCAUCUUGCUGAAGCCACUUUCCAACUAGAGGCCUUUGGCUCCAGAUUUGUACUGGACCUGAAGUUAAACAAUGACCUGCUCUCCUCAGACUAUGUGGAAAUCCAUUAUGAGCAGGGCAAGCCUGUCCUGUCCAAGGGCGGGGAGCACUGCUGCUACCACGGCAAGGUGAGGGGCAGCGAGGGCUCGUACGCCGCUUUAUCCACCUGCAACGGACUGCAUGGCAUGUUUGAUGAUGGAGUCUAUGUGUACCUAAUUGAGCCUCUGCAGCAGACUCACUCUAUAGGUUCAGCUGCUCGACCCCACAAACUGCGCAGGACGCAAACCCUACAGUGGGCCGACAACCCCGAAGAGCUGACGGACCAGGAGCAGGGCCUGUCAGAGCUGGCCGAUCUGUGGUGGCUCCGGCGAAGGAAAAAGCGAGCCAUGCCCCGCAAUGUUUUUGAAGAGAUGAAGUAUUUGGAGGUCAUGAUUGUCAUCGACCACCACAUGUACAAAAGACACAAGACAGGACAGCACACCAAGAACUUUGCCAAGGCUGUAGUUAACCUGGUGGACGCUAUAUUUAAGGACCAGCUGCACACGCGUGUGGUGCUGGUCGCCGUGGAGAUCUGGACAGAGAGGGAUCAGAUUUCCGUCAGCACCAAACCGCUGGAAAUGCUGCGGGAUUUCUCCAAGUACCGGCAGCAGAGCGUCAAGCAGCGCGCAGACACCGUGCACCUCUUCUCCAACGUGACGUUCCACUAUGGCCGCAGCAACGCAGCGUAUUUCGGGGGCGUGUGCUCUGCCAGCCGGGGAGUCGGGGUUCACGAGUACGCUGCCACCUGGAACAUGGGCGCCUCUCUCUCUCAGAGCCUGGCACAGAACUUGGGAAUCCAGUGGGAUCUGCCAGCAAAGAAAAAGGAAUGCGGUUGUCUGGACCCCUGGGUUGGCUGCAUUAUGGAAGAAACUGGAGUGCAGCACCCGCGCAGGUUCUCUAAGUGCAGCAUCUCUGACUACAAGGAGUUUCUGCUGAAGGGUGGAGGGUCGUGUCUCUUUAACAGGCCAAACAAGCUGUUCGAGGUGACCGAGUGCGGGAACGGCUACGUGGAGGUGGGGGAGGAGUGCGACUGCGGAGGCAGAGCGGAGUGCUAUAAGGAUUGCUGUAAGAAGUGCUCUCUCUCUAAUGGAGCUCACUGCAGCGAUGGUCCGUGCUGCAAUAACACCUGCCUGUUCUACCCGCGUGGAUACACCUGUCGCUACGCAGUGAACGACUGUGAUAUUUCAGAGACGUGCUCGGGCGACUCGGGCCAGUGUCCUCCCAACCUGCACAAGCAGGAUGGCUACUCCUGCCAGCUCAACCAGGGUCGCUGCUACAGCGGGGAGUGUAAGACCAGAGAGAACCAGUGCAAAUACAUCUGGGGCCCCAAGGCUGUGAGCUCAGAGAAGUUCUGCUACGAGAAACUGAACACGGAGGGGACGGACAAGGGCAAUUGUGGGAAGGACGGAGAGAACUGGAUCAAGUGCUGCAAGCACGAUGUGUUCUGUGGGUACCUGCUCUGUAUGAACACCGGGCGAACCCCUCGAAUCGGCCUCCUGAAGGGUGACAUCACACCUACCUCCUUCAACCAUCAGGGCAGGCUGGUGGACUGCAGUGGUGGGCACGUGCUGCUGGAUGACGAGACAGACCUGGGUUACGUAGAGGACGGGACUCCCUGCGGCCCCUCCAUGAUGUGCCUUGACCGCAAGUGUCUCCCCAUCCAGUCCCUAAACAUGAGCGCCUGCCCCAGCGGCUCCAACGGCCUGGUGUGCUCCGCCCACGGGGUGUGCAAUAACGAGGGCACGUGCACCUGUGACACCACCUGGGCGGGCACAGACUGCAGCAUGCCCGACCCCCCCAAAGAGGCGCCCCCCCAAGAGGACGACGGCCCAAAGGUGAGCAUGGCCGCUAACAGGCUGAUAGGGGCAGUAGCAGGGACCAUUCUGGCCCUGGGGGUGAUUUUUGGAGGCACGGGGUGGGGAAUAGAGAAUGUGAAGAAGCGGAGGUACGACCCCAACGCCAGCGCCAUCUAGUGGAGCGGAGGCCAGGAGCACGAGCUCCAGAGAGGAAUGGAGCCUCCUGGAUUUCAGUAGUAAUCCAUUGCUGGACUGCACUUAAUUUCUGCCGUUUUUUUGGCAUUAGUUUUACUAAUAAUAAUAAUAAUAAUAAUAAUAAUAAUAAUAAUAAUAAUAAUAUUAAUAAUAAUAAAUAAACACAUAAAUAAAUAAUAAUAAUAAUAACUAACAAAAAAUAUAGAGAAGACUUAAGAACCUUAACAGCUUCCAUCUUAGUCACUUAGAAAUGCAGCCCCUCUCUGCCCCCAAGCCUCCCCAACUCCCCAGCUGCUUCAAAGCCACCCCACCCUGUUCCAGAAUGCCCCAGCGAGCACAUUCUACGCCACUGCCCCCCUCCCUCCCCAACAAAAGGAAUGACUUCUUGUACAAAGCGCCGACUCUGGCAUGUGGAGCCCCCUGCUGACGGACCCUUGCAUGGCAACAGAAAGCCGACAAAACAGCAGCAAAACUAAACAUGGAAUUAUCACAAAGAACUCUGGAGCAGAAAAGUGGAAGAUGAUUGGCCGAGGGUUAGCCAGCGAUGCCUCUGUAACCCUGGUGCUCAUACCCCCCCGAAGCACUGUAGGGGGGCGGAGCCAGACUGAGUACUUGGAUCAGCAGGAGCUGGGAAGAGACCCCCCAAGACAGUACAGUCAGGAGGCAAAAACAGAACUCUGUGAUUCACCAUUAAGCGUUUAUUUUUUUCCAUAAAUUUACCCAGAUUGCUUUUGUUAUAUAUUUUAACAUUAGCAUGUUGUAUAGCAGAUGUUCUUUGGCUAUGUUCAUGGAAAAACAAAUCAAGCAAAAUUUAAGCAAUUAAACAAUUGUUAUCUCGGCCAAAUAAUUACAGCUGACACUACCAUGCAACAUGCAGUAGUGUGCAGCAGUUUUACCCCACAGAGCUACCGAAAUGCCCCAUGCUGCACCGGGAUUAGGUACGUCGGGAGGGGUGCACAGAGGUCCACAGAUCGGGCUUCUAUGUCAUGUCCAGGGGUCAGAGGUCAAUGCCAGACAAGAGGGUGGGGAAGGGAAAACGGGCCAGGAACAGCCUCUUGAGUUCUAUCAUGGGGGUGUCUGAAUGUAAUCCUAGCAAUGACACAAAGCCAAAGAAUUAACCAAUCAAAAUGUUUUGGGGUGUGGUCAAACAGCAGCCCCCUCCUGUAUGGCUGGCUUGCUUCAGACACACUGAUUGGGGCAGGACUCCCCAGUCCCAAGGGGGCCAGCAAUGUCUCAAUUAGCAACACCCUCUAUACUGGCUUGGCCUUAUGUACUCAUUAACUCUACUAGAAAACAAGUUGGGUCCCUGUUGGCGCACUGCAUGUAAACAGUACACUGGGCUUAUUAAAUCGUACUAAAGGAGUCCCAAAAUCCACAAGAAUAUUCAACAAAAGAGUAGGUGCAUGUCAAACAAAUAAACCAUUUAAGUUUUAUUUACUAUGCAAAGAAAGGUAUUGCACAAGCUUAUGGGUUAAUAAAUGUAAACAAUAACGAUGGUAAUAUUAUUAAUACCGAUAAGGCAAUCUUUUAUAUGCUUGGCCACUCCCACCUCUUGUCUUUUUUAAUUUAACUAUUUAAAGAAAUGUAAAAAAACAAUAAAAUAAAAUAAUGGAUUUGCCAAAUCCAAAGUGAAGAGAGAAAAAAGAAUCAGGUGCCUCUGUAGAGUGGAGGAGUGAAGGAGCCUGUGCUCUCUGUGUCCCUCAGUCUCCAUACAGACACAGACAGGCGGCUGCUUCCCGACUCCACCCUGCAGCGAAGCUGACUGCUUCUGCGUUUCCCUGUGCGUCAGGUGUAUGUUAACCCCGCCCUCCCCCACCCAUGUUGCAGAUAAACCCUUCCCAUCUCCUGAACCCUCCCCACACUGCUUCACAAUCAGAUGGAAGACGUUCAAUAAAAAAAGAACUAAAGUA